ACACCGAGCGUAAGGAGCUGCUGUUGAAAACGCUGAUGGAGGUGGGGGAGGACGACUUCCAGUCCUUCAACAGUUAUUAAGUUACGAUAAGCCAUGAAAAGUUGUCGUUCACAGAUACCUGAUCAACGAUCACCUCGCUCACACGUUAACAAGGAGGAAGGAUGGCUUUAGACAGCGGGCAGAAAGAACUGCUGUUGUAAACCCUGUUGCUCCCUCUAGUGCUCAGUUAAGAUACCUGUUCGACGGUCACCUCCCUCACGCGUAUAGUCUGAAGGAUGGCUCUGGGCAGCAGACGGAAGGAGCUGCUGUGGAACACGCUGAUGGAGCUGGGGGAGGACGACUUCAAGUCCUUCAGGUUCCACACGGACCUGCCUAGAAGCGUGCGUGAAAACACCCAGCGUGAGUUCAUUGCUGACAAGCUCUUGAUUAAGCACGGCGAGAACACUCUGGAUGAGACCGUCAAGAUUUUGGAGAAGAUCGGGAACAACGAAUUGGCAGAGAAGCUGCGCAGCGACGUGCUGGAAAUAAAAGGCGCCGACUUCUCCGUCCACGAUGACGAUCAGAUUGCCAGAUUGAAGAGGGAGCUCCAAGACAACCUGCGGCGUUUAUACAGGUUUGCUUCUGAGGGCAACACCGAGCGCUGGCAGCAGCAGCAGCCCCUGGAGGACGUCUACACGCAACUAGACAUCACCUACGGGGCAGACGUCAGCCCGGACGGGCGGCAUGAGGUCCUCCAGAUGGAAACGUGUGACGCCGCAGCCAAGCAGUCUAUCCUGGCGUGCGACAUCUUCAAAAGCCCCGACGGGAACCGGCGACCGAUACGCACGAUGCUCACCGUCGGUUUCGCAGGAAUAGGAAAAACCUUCCUGAUUCAAAAGUUUGUCUGGGACUGGGCCAGCGGUAAUACUAACCAGGACGUGGACUUCAUAUUUCCUUUCACCUUCCGCGAGUUAAACACGGAGAAAGAAGAGAGCUUUACGUUGGCCGAGCUGAUCCAAUCUUUUGUCUGCGGAGACGGGCACAUGAUCAAGAGACUGAACGAUAUAUUUGUCUACCUGCAAACUUCUGGGAAGCAGGACUUUGAAAGCAGUGGCAUCAAGAUCUUGUUUAUCCUCGACGGACUGGACGAGUGCAACUUCAAAAUCGACUUGAAGAAAGCGAGGAAAGUGAACAAGAACGUAAAGGAAAGCUACCCGCUAGAGGUACUGCUGGCGUAUCUCAUCAAAGGGAACCUGCUUCCGUGCGCCAGGGUUUGGAUCACCACGCGACCCGCGGCAGCCCGUGAUAUCCCAGCCGACCUCAUCGACAGCAGAACAGAGGUGGGAGGAUUCAGCGAUUCCCGGAGGCUGGAGUACUUCAGGCAAAGGUUCCCAAAUGAGGAGCGCGUCACUGAGCACAUUCGGAAAUCUCGCACCAUCUUCAUCAUGUGCCAUAUUCCCAUCUUCUGCUGGUUCACCGCCACAGUUCUUCAGGUUCAUUUGGACAAAGGGGAGGAGGGAGAUCUUCCCACAACGCUGACUGACAUGUACUCGGCGUUUAUUGGUCACCACCUGGAAAACUCCAAGGAGAGAAAUACAGCGGAGUACAUCCCUGACGUGAAAGCGCUCGCCAAGCUGGCCUUUGACCACACCAUGAGUCAGCGUCAGAUCUUCUACGAGAAAGACCUGGAGGACAGCUGCUUUGAUUACAGCCAAGCAGCAAAACACUGCGGUUUAUUCACAGAGGUCUUUAAGGAGGUCCAUCCGCUCAAAAGCAAGAAACAAAAGAUGUUUCAGUUUAUCCACCUGACCAUCCAGGAGUAUCUGGCCGCACUGUACGUAAAGAUGUGUUUCUUCCAUGACAACAAGAACGUACUGGAUGCAUCAAGAUGGAAAAAAAAUUUGAUGCCUGUUAAGCGGAAGACAAUCACUGAGGUCCACAAGUCAGCUCUACAGAAAGCCUCGGAAAGUGAAGGAAACCUGGAUAUGUUCCUCCGCUUCCUCGUUGGCCUUUCAUUGCAGUGCAACCAGGAAAUAGUGGGGGCACUGCUGAAGGUUCCUCAUGACUGGGAGCAAAGCAAGUCAAAGACAGUCAAGUUGAUACAGAAAAGGAUCAAACGAAACACCCCAGAAAAGAACGUCAACUUGUUCUACUGCCUAAAUGAGCUGAAGGACGACUCCUUGCUGAAGCAGAUCCAGCAUCAACUAGUUUCAGGACGUUUGUCCUGGCGUCAAAUGUCGAAUGACAUGUGGUCGGCCCUGGCCUUCUUCUUACUUACCGACGACGAAACCAUGAAGUCCUUUGAUCUUCGCCGCUACUCCCCAUCGCCUUUGGGACUCAAGAAGCUGCUGUUGGUGGUCAAGGCUUCUCAAAAAUCAAAUCUAAGUCAUUGUCGCCUGGACAAAGGCAGCUGUCACCUGCUGGCUUCUGUUCUCAGUUCUCCAUCCAACCUGAGGCAUCUGGACCUGGGCAAUGGCAAUAAGAGGGACCUGCUCACCCAGAACGAUGUUUCGGACGACGGGGUCGAGAUCCUCUUGAAAGGACUGGCCAGCCCACACUGCAAUUUAGAAGUCCUCAAGCUGUCAAGGUGCAGCAUCACGAAGAAAGGAUGUAUUUCAUUGGCUGAGGCUCUCAAGGUAACCCCCUCCCAUCUUCAAGAGCUGGACCUGAGGUGGAACAAUCUGUCGGAUGAAGGGAUUGAGAUCCUCUCGAAAGGACUGGCCAGCCCAAACUGCAUCUUAAAAGUCCUCAACCUGACAAAGUGCAGCAUCACUCAGCGAGGUUGCAUUUCGUUGGCUGAGGCACUGAAGGUAACCUCCUCCCAUCUUGAAGAGCUGGAUCUGACCGGGAACAAUCUGUCAGAUGAAGGGGUUGAGAUCCUCUCGAAAGGACUGGCCAGCCCACAAUGGACAAACUGCAUCUUAAAAGUCCUCAAGCUGUCAUGGUGCAGCAUCACUCAGCGAGGUUGCAUUUCAUUGGCCGAGGCACUGAAGGUAACCCCCUCCCAUCUUCAAGAGCUGGACCUGAGCUUCAACGGCCUAUCGGACGAGGGGGUCGAGAUCCUCUCGAAAGGACUGGCCAGCCCACACUGCAUCUUAAAAAUCCUAAACCUAACAAAUUGCAGCAUCACUCAGCGAGGUUGCAUUUCGUUGGCUGAGGCACUGAAGGUAACCUCCUCCCAUCUUCAAGAGCUGGACCUGACCUGGAACAAACUGUCAGAUGAAGGGGUUGAGAUCCUCUCGAAAGGACUGGCCAGCCCAAACUGCAUCUUAAAAGUCCUCAAACUGACAAGGUGCAAGAUCACAAAGCAAGGAUGUGUUUCAUUGGCUGAGGCACUGAAGGUAACCCCCUCCCAUCUUCAAGAGCUGGACCUUAGCUUGAACGAUCUGUCGGAUGAAGGGGUCGAGAUCCUCUCAAAAGGACUGGCCAGCCCACACUGCAUCUUAAAAGUCCUCAAGCUGUCACAGUGCAAGAUUACGGAUAAAGGAUGUGUUUCACUGGCUGAGGCUCUCAAGGUAACUCCCUCUCAUCUUCAAGACUUGGACCUGAACUUCAACGGAUUAUUGAACGAGGGGGUCGAGAUCCUCUCAAAAGGACUGGCCAGCCCACACUGCAUCUUAAAAAACCUUAACCUGUCACUGUGCGGGAUCGCAGAUAAAGGAGGCAUUUCAUUGGCCAAGGCUCUCAAGUUAAACCCCUCCCAUCUUCAAAUGUUAUUUCUCUUCAACAAUCGAAUAGAGGAAGAAGGAAAGAGGGUCUUAUUGGAGAUCAGGGAGGAUCCCAGUUAUAGCCUGAAGACUGUCGAAUUUAACGACUAGGAAUAAGAACAACGUUUGGUCCUUGGCGUCAAGAAGAGCGAGUCAUUCCAAAUGUUCAUGAUUAGAAGACAUCGAGUCCAUUUGAUCUCCUUCAGAUUUAGACCAGCUGUCGGCGCUACGGGCAAAGCGGUCUCGCUCACAGAAUUCGAGGAGGUCGUCGUCGGGUUCUUUGCAGCCACAUGGAGGUGGAGUUCAAGGGGAAGGUCUGCGACGUUCCCACCAAACAGCUGGCAGUUUUUUUCAUCCAUUUGUACUGGGAGGGGCUGUCCAAAAGGAUUGGACUUUGAGCACCGUCAAUGGCAGCCAAUGAGUUCAAUAAGUACCCUUUAAAGGGUGAACUUAA